AUGACUGUGGUCGCCGGGUUCGUCUAUCUACAACCAUCGAACCACCGCGGUGUCCUGCCUGUCGAUUGGCCUCUUUGCCGCCUCUGGUCGAAACGCGUACCUGCUUGGGCUGCCGCGUUCCGAUUCCUGCACUUUCAUACAAUCUUCGCUGCGCGCUUUGCCAAACUCGGCCAUCUUCCCAGCCUCUUCUUCUCGAUGUUCGCCCUUGUUAUGACUGUGGAACCCCUUUUCAUGCUCGGACUGGCCCCCUCCCCCAUUAGACCCGAGAACCGAGCCGAGAACGCAAAGAUUUGUACUUCCUGCGGGUCCUCUGCCGGUACCUAUCUUGCAACAGUCGCUGCUCUCACAACCAACCCUACUCGCCGUAGAGAAAAGACUUUAUUGCGGCCCGCGGUCAAAAAGCAAAGAACGCUAGACUCGCGGACGUUCCAGGACAAUUUGAAUCGAGCGCUGUGUUUCCUGGGCGACGAGCUGGAGACUCGGGCCGUUGCCUCCGAUGCAUUUCCCCCGGAGAUAUCCAGCUCACAUAUACGAGCGUCCGUGGCCAGAUACGAGGAUUUUAUUUCCGCAGCUGCCAAGAGAAGUGUCUGUUGCUCAUGUGGGAAAUUUGUACCCAACCCCAAUGUCUACCAGGUAGAUAAUGAGGAACCUUUACUCCUGCCAUUGAAGGGGCUUCUUGAUACCUGUGGCCGACAUAAUAACAUUUGGGAUGUCUGUUCGUCGUGCCAUACUUCACUCAAUCGACAUAUGAUUCCGAAGUUCUCGGCCAAGAAUAUGGUGAAUGUGACUCUAUGCCAGGACUAUCCGUCCACUCUAGAAGGUCUCACUCUCACGGAGGAAUGCCUUAUUGCAAAGUGCCAUCCUCUAGGUGUCGUUCUAAAACUUCGGCCGGGGGGCCACCCCUCGCCCGUCAAUUAUCACGCUCUCCGGGGGCAUUUCAUUGUUAUUCCACAAGACCCGGGACCACUGCUCAACAUCCUGCCGAGCCCGGAGUUAACGCUACAUAGCCUGAUCAAGGUGUUCUGGUUGGGUGCUCGACCUCCCAAAGAUUCGGACCUUAGUCCCUUUCUUCUCGUUCGGAAGGCGAAAGUUCUGGCGGCUUUGCAAUACCUUGUUCAAUACAACCACCUCUACCGGGACCUCACCAUUAACCAGCCCAUGAUCGAUGACUGGAGCGAUGACUUCAUCCCGCCAGAGCUGCGAGAUAGCAUCAUCUGUCUCGACGAGCCUGAUCACCAUGAGCGUGAAGGGUACACCGUGGACCUGCGGACGGGAAACUACGAGAACGAUCUUCAGGCUGCCCAAGAUAGUGCGUGUGAUGUCCACAUCGGCGAGCCUUUCAUCACCGGCUCCGUCUCCACGGACAUCAAUGGAGAACUUCAAGACCCUAACCUUCGUGUACUGGACGCAUUGUUCAGCGUAAUCACGAACAGACUGCCGACAUUGACCGAGGGCACAUGUCAUCGAAAAAUGCCUGUUAUCUCUUACAAAAUCCAUGGACAAGCCACCCUAGUGGACCACUGGUCAGAUCCCCAUUAUUUUACCGCCGCUUUCCCAACCUUGUUCCCCGUCGGGAUUGGGGGCCAUCUGGACGAGCGAACUAUCCCGGUGUCACUUGGGGCUUAUGCCGAGUGGGCUUUGAGCCACCAUAGUAGAAGGUUCGCACGCCAUAAAACCUUCAUGUACUUGUUAUAUGAUGUGAUCCAGCUCCGAAAGUCGUCAAUAGGCAACGCCUUCCUCAUCAAACGCCAGAAUUGGCAGUCGGCAACCAAGGACAUCACAUCUCUGACAGUGAGCCAACUCCAGAAUGCAGCGAAGACGGUUGCAACGGGCCAGAAAAUUGAGGAUUCAAUCAUUCGACGACUGCUACGAAAUAUCGUGGCUAUCGGCAUGCAGGUCCCAGGAUCCUUUGCUCAGAAACUCAGAUUGCGCUCUGAAAUUCGAGGGCUGAUUACACGAUACGAGUACUCUGGGAACAACUUGCCCGCAGCAAAUGCCGCUAUACGUGAAGCUGCUGCUACCUCUAACCCGGCAGCUGUCGCUGAGUUCUUCCAUCACGUCUGCAAAGCCAUCCUGGAAGGCCUUCUUGCUACCAAUACGGGCCAGAUCGGGAUCCUUGGUGACCUCUCCAACCAUUUUGCUGUUGUAGAGACAAAUGGCCGAGGUAUGCUACAUCUCCAUGGAUUAGCGUGGGCGAGAGGUAACUUAACUUUCACUACAUUGCGUGACCGGCUCCUCCAGGACAUCAACUUUGCGGCUCGUAUGCUUCACUACCUAGAGUCAAUCAUUAUGCAAGGCAUUGACGAAAGUAUUCCACACGACCCUGAAGUGAACAUUCCCUGCACGCAACCCUCGGCCAAAGAUUUCGAAUCCGAUGAAGACUUCCAUCUUCGACUAUCACAUGACAGCAAUUGUGUCGCUCGUAAAACGCAAGUCCAUUCGAAACACCAUCUCGCCACAUGCUUCAAGUACCGGCAAACGGGACCCGGAAAGAAUGCAUGUCGAUUUGGCAUGCCCCGAGAUCUGGUUCCCGUCUCUAAGAUAGAUGAGUUUGGACUGAUCCACCUCGCUCGAAACCACGCCUGGAUAAACCCAUGGAAUCCCGCCAUUGCUAGUUGUGUCCGUUCUAAUCACGACAUCUCUUGGAUUCCAACAGUCUCCAAAUCUUUGUCGCUGAUCUAUUAUAUCACCAACUACGCCACGAAAGAUGACGUCUCUCCUUGGCAGAUGGUGGCCAAGGCGGCUUUGUUGAAGCAAUCCAUUGAGAAGGCAAAAGUUGCUGAGCCACCAACAGCGAUAGACCUGCGACUUCGAGAAAAGGGUGUCAAGAAUUUUGCACUACGCUGCUUUAAUGCUCUCUCUCAUGACCGGGAGAUCAGUGGUGUGCAGGUCGCCAGCGUCUUACUUCAACUACCAACCUAUUACACGAUCAACUACAACUUCAUUCGCAUCAACCUCUGGUGGCUAAGGCGCUAUAUCCGGACGAUCAUUCAGCCAGACGGCCUUCAAAGUAGUCACUCUUCUGACCCCAUGGCAGAAGAACCUUGCGCGUACGAAACGGGCGACACCGCCCCCGUAAGCAUCUUUGACAAUUAUAAAUGGCGUGGACCACACCUGGCUCCUCUUGCGUUAUUUGAAUACUGCAUGCUUGUCAAGGCAAAGGAUGUACGCGAUGCCAUUGCUGACGACGUGGACUUCGACCCAAACCACCCGAGAUAUGCCACGCAUGUACAGCGCCUGGCGCGCACCCCAUCACAAGUGGCCACCGUGACUUUCAAUGGACAGCUAACCGAAUUCCAGCCCGCAGAAGACGCGGUUCCAGGAGGUCAUCCAAAAACAACCGCGAUCAUGAACGACGUAGCGGAGAUAUUAUUGGGGCUCUUUGUUCCCUGGGAUCAAUUGAUUAACCUCUUCCGACCGUCUACGAAAAGAACGGACACUUGCGUUCAAAUAUGGGCGGCUGUGGAACCAACCCUCACAUUUCACAACCGAGGCUUUGCAAGAAAUAUCGAGUUACUGCGAAAGUCCAAGGAAGACUGUCAAGCCGAUGCAAAAAUGUGGAAGUCUGCAAACGGCACUGCCGACUCAUUUCACCAUGAUGCUGAAGACUUUGAGCCCGCCAAUUUUGGUUCUGAUGACGAAGAGACCGAAGAAUUCUUCCACCUGCAGGAUGAGAAUUUCAAUGCGGAGACGUUGAUCGCUGCAUACUACUCCAUUAGCAAAGCAUGGCAUCGAGAGACGUUGGUCACGGGCCGGCGGAUCCCUGCCUUGCUCCACACGAUAGACCGAACGCGCAGCUUGUCACUACAGAACCUCCAGCCGCUAGACAUCUUCAACCCUCCAGCAUACGAAUCUUCUGGGCUAAGGUUCCUCCCACCAUCUACUUUACAAGCAUGGGAGUUUCAACUAAAAUGUUGCGUCAAUAUUAGUCCAGAAGAGAGCACGGAUGGUGAUGCUGGGACUUUUGGAUUUGCACUUGACGACUUUGACAUCCAGGUUGAAGAUGGCAUCCUGCAUCCUACGCUAGCUAACUCAGACACUAUCCCUGCUACGGAUGAUCUCCAAUCCCGAGUUGGCCAGAAUCCUACUGGCGCCUCUCUUGCGUCCCUGAUCAACGAGGAGAUUCCCCUAAAUCGGAAACAACGAAUGGUAGUAGAGAGGGUGCUCUCUGAAGCUUUGACCUGGGCUGAUCACCCUUAUGAUUCGUCGCAGCGCAAGCAGACUCUCCUCUAUGUUGGAGGUGAAGGUGGCACAGGUAAGAGCCAGAUUGUCAAGGCAAUUGUCGCUGGUAUGAACCUUGUCGGACGAAAGGACGAAGUGAUCCUCAUGGCACCGACGGGUGCCGCGGCCGAUAACAUCGGCGGAAAUACGUACCAUACAUCUUUAGGGAUAUCCAUUGACCGUUCACGUAAAACCGGUAUGAAAUCCAGAGUGAGACGGCUCUGGUCUCGCAAGACUAUCAUGAUCGUGGACGAAGUCAGCAUGAUGGAUCUACGUAUGAUCAGCGUAAUUGAUAAUCAAUGCAAGAUCGCCAAAGCCCUCGACAGAUCCUCCCCUGACCUUUUCGGUGGCCUUCCUGUCGUCAUCUUUAUCGGUGACUUUUUCCAGUUUCCGCCUGUUCUGGGCCCAGCACUGUGGAGGGAACCAAGAAGGGGCAUAGAUGAGGAAGAUAAUGGUCGGUUACUCUGGCAUCAAUUCAAAGAGGUAAUCAUCUUGGAUGAGCAAAUGAGACAGGCGGAAGAAGACGCUCCAUUCCGCGAUCUGCUAUCACGAGCCAGGACAGGCACUUUAACGGAAGCCGAUCGAUCGUUUCUUAACAGCAAAACAGUCACAUCCCUGGUCAGCCCUCAACUAGAAAAUGCUACCACCGUAGUUAAGCUGAACUCUCUGCGACAUCAGGUGAACCGCGUUCGAUUAGAAGAGUUCGCCCGGACCCGAUGCCAGAACAUAUAUAUAUUUCCCGCGCUUCACACGCGGACCAAGUCCACUGGCCCAAUGAACUUGCGACUCCGUGCAGAUGACUUACUCCAGCAGCCCGACCAAGGUACCAAGAUCCCGUUCCCGGGGCUCUUUCUAUACACGCCAAACAUGCCUGCCGUCAUCUUAACUAACAUUUGCACUCUUCUCGGCCUGGUCAACGGAGCUACGGGGACUGCCAUAGGCAUCGUGGUCGAUCCGACUGCCGAAUUCUUUGAAAUCGACUACCUCUAUAUCAUGUGCACUAAACCACCGUCCUGCGUUAUAUUUAAACCGAACAGGUCAAAGGAUACCGGAUUUCAAGACCUUGAGCCUUCAGCCAUGCCAGUCUUCCCUUUAGAACGAUCUAUUACCCUGAAAGGCUACUCGGUACGAAGGAAGCAAGUUCCCAUGUGCCCGGCUUUCUGCCUUACCGACUACAAAGUGCAAGGCUCGACACUCGCAGCUGCGAUCCUUGACCUCAAAGAUGACCCCACUAUCCGAGGACAAGAUCGUCACCGGAAAUAUUGCUCGACCUAUGUGCAGCUAUCUCGACUUCGGUCCUCCAAAGGCCUUCAUCUCCUUCAGAAUCUCGACAUGCAAGACCUUCGAUUCGGUCCUGAUCCUCAACUGCUAACUGAAAUGGAAAGACUCCAGAAACUCGAACUAGAGACGAUUGCUGCAUGGCAUGGGGCUUCAAACAUAUAG